UUUGCCGAUCCAAACUAUGCAGAUUGCUAUAGACAAAAACUUCUUCAGUUGAUGAAGCAAACCUUGGCCAACUGCGGAAAGCCCGAAUACCCGUAUGACUGGGAGCCUGGAAUGCCGCUCAACUACAUGGUGAAAUAA